CAUCCACGGAUGUAGCGCGCAUGCGCAGUGCCGUCCGAGGCGUUUAGUGAUGUAGCGCGCAUGCGCAGUUUCCGAGUCGGGUGGUAGAGAGCAGAGCGUGCGCGCGCGCGCCCGCUUCAGUGAGUGCAGUUGACUUACAGCGGGGCUGUGAGGAGAACUGACGCGGUCCGCUCCUUUUUAUUUUUUCGUCCCCAAACAAUUCAUUUCAAGUGCUUUUUAAACUUUUCUUUCUGUUCUUUCGACAGUCGUGUGAAUAGCUCGUGUUAAAGUUUUCGACCCUCGACGGGUUGAAGUUACAUUUGCGAGGAGUUUUUAAAGGCUGGGCCUUUUUUUUUUUUUUUCUCUUUUUCUGUAGCUCGGUUGGAGAACGACUUUGCCGUUUUUUCCCCCCGUUGGUUUGAUAAAUGCUAUUUACCAAGAUGGACCUGUUGAACUAUCAGUACUUGGACAAAAUGAACAACAACAUUGGCAUUUUAUGCUACGACGGUGAAGCAGCGCUGCGUGGCGAGUCCAGAAUGCAGCCCAUGUCUUCUACAGUCAAUAACCACAGGACAGCUCCUCCUCCCAUCAGCCCCAGCAAGAGGAAACACAGCAUUGAACUGAACGACGACAGCAUGGACCCCAACAGCGAGCAUGUGGCCAAGAUGAGUCGCCUGUUCGCUACACACCUAGGAAAGCCCACAAAUGGCGAUUACCGCAGGGAGCCUCGUGAACGGAGCCGCAGCCCCAUCGAGCGCCUGCACGCCGCCCACCUUUACACACACAUGCCGAACCUGGCCAUGGAGCAGCCGCUCGCACUGACCAAAAACAGCGCCAAGAUCCCCAACUCGCAGAGCGCCAGCCCCAUUGAGCGCCAGCAGAAUCGACCCUCGGUGAUCACGUGUGCCCCUGCGAACAACCGUAACUGUAACCUCUCUCACUGCACUGUGUCCCACAACGGCUGCUCGCCCUCAAGCUACAGGAGACCUUCUAACUCGAACACGGCAUGUGACCCCGUGAUCGAGGAGCAUUUCCGCCGCAGUCUGGGGAAAAACUACAGAGAGCCGGAGCCGGUCACCAACUCUGUGUCUAUCACCGGAUCGGUGGAUGAUCACUUCACCAAGGCUCUGGGAGAGACCUGGCUCCAAAUCAAAGCUAAGGGAGGCUCCACCGGAAGCCCUGACUCCUCACCUAACACUCACAUGGUCAACAUCAAUCACUCGUCAUCCCUAGUUUCCUGAAACAGAGGACCAGCUGUGCACCCCGCUCUCCUUCCAAACCGCUUCACUCUCAAAGCGACUGUGCAUGAUUCAGCUCCGCUCCCGGCAGCACUAGCAUAUAGCCGUGUACAUAAACUGACACGUUUCUUUUGGUUUCGUUUUCUUUCUUUCUUUUAUUUUUAUUUUUUAUAUAUAUAUGUUCCGCUUGGAGGCCCACAACAAAAGAAUGAAUACGCAGGAUGUGAUUUUGGUUUAGAGCAGAGUCAGCUAGCAUCCUAACCACCUGCCUCAGUUACCAAAGAAACCUCUGAUGUGAACUCUUUGCCCAAUUUAUAUUUCUUCACACCUGCUCAACUCGGUCUUUUCUCCGGUUGUCUUGCACCACACUUUACACCUGUAACGUUCUCUCAGCUUGUGGGAGUUUUACAUAGGCAAGCUCGUGAAAGUACACUUGUACAGGAGGCAAGAAGUGAGAUGCCACGAGGGUGUUUAUUUUAUUUUUAAGUGAGUACAGUUCAGCAUGGAAGUGUUUGGUUUUUUUGUUGUUGGUUUUUUUUUUAUAUAUAUAUAUAUAUCUAUCAAGACAGAGUUGAUGAUCCUGAGAAGAUGUUCGUUUAGUAAAACUCCCACCAGCUCCUCCCUCCCAUGCUGCCCUGUUUUCGUAUGUAGAUCCUUGACAGAAAGUCUUUUGCACUAUUAAGGCCAUAAAUAAUGUGUUGGAGACUCGUUUCUUGGCCAAAGGGUUUUACAGCUGACACGAUGGCUGGGUGAUGUUUUAUGUGAUUAAUAAGAGCUGUGUUGGGGGUGGGGUGGGGGGGGGAAUGGGUGGAGCGUCGAUCUUUUUCGUCUCGUCUGUGGUGGAUGCUUACAACUGGACUGUGUCGAGUUAAAUCUUGGGCAUUUUUGUCUUGUUUUUUUCCCCCCCAAGCACUGUGGUUUCAGUAGAGUAGAUAAGGUUUUGAGGGUAAACUAUUGCUUACCGGUGCAUGAUUUAUGGUUUUUCUUAAUAGCUGGUAUCUAUUAUUGUGUAGACAUUUCAUUCGUAAUACUAUACUAGUAGCCUUUUCCUCAGAUUGUAGUUUAUUUUUGUCAGUAACAAUCCUAGAUAAACUUACUGCUGGUACAGUUGUACUCCAUAUUAUUAUUUUUUAUUCAGUAUACAUUUUGGUAAAAGCCAGAUACAGAGGACAGCCUCCGGACAGGCCAUCUAUAUAUGAACAGUUUAUGAUAUUAAUCCGUGGUACAGGAUGCUGUUUUUUUUUUUUGUUGUUUUUUUUUUUUGCGUGACUGAAACAUUCACAGCUACAGUCAGGUCAGCUGAGAGUUGACAAUCUGCCGAAAAUAUCGAGAGCGAAGGUUUUGUUUUGUUUUGGCUGCAGCUAUUAGUCUGUUUUAUCCUUUAUGUUUAAAAAAAAAAACAAAAAACACCCAGCCUGUACCAAGGUGAAAGACAUUCCUCCCAUAGGGAACUUAGUACAGGUCUCGCUUUCAGCUCUCAUUCUCAGCAAAGCUACUAAUUAGUAGAAAGUUGAUUCUCAGACCGAGGCGUCGCUCAUCUUAAGCUUGUCCUUACAUUCCGUCAAAAUCUCAGCAAAACCAUUUGAACAAAUUCGGAGAGCUACCGGACUGGCAUCAUUACUGAUCUCAAAAUAUCACAUUUAGUUUAAAAAAACAAACAAACAAACAAAAACCCCCCAACUCUACAUAUAAGACUGUUUGUACAUAUAUGUGAGAAAAUGGUCAUACCCUGCUUCAGGCCAUCGCCAUGUCCUCUUUGUGCGUGGACAGCAAAGAGGGAAAGACACAAAGUGUACCAAGGACAAUAUCCACACAUUUCACUACCAUUUUACUAGGUAGGAAACUCACUUUCUCUUCUUGACACACGUUUACCUUACACGCUGUAGGUAAAUCACAUAACAAAAAAGAAAAAAAAUAUAUAGGUAACUAUAAGACCAUCGUUACGCUGUGCGUAAUGAAUGUACAGAGAAAAAAAAAUCGUAGGUAUUUUUUGAGGAACAAUUAAUUUGUUAAUGAUGAGUAGCUAUUUAAUUUGUUUUCCCUGUCCUUUAUUGUAAUCAUGCUUGUUUUUUUUUUGUUUUUGUUUUUGUUUUUUU